AUGCGAUUCACAGCAUCUAUCGUCCUAUGCCUCACAUCCUCUAUCUGUCAACUGGUAGAGCGCACACAGGGAAUGGAUUUUUUUUCCGAGGGCGGCCGCGCUCUUCAGGCCGGUACCCGUUCCAGAACUGAGGCAGCCCCCUCAGCGGCGAACGCUGGGGAGGAAGGAGGCUUGAGGCGACGACCCAAGAACGGACAGUUAUAUGCACGAUUGAAAGUUUUGGAAGAUGCAGACGCGCGCGCGUUCGCUAACAGGGAUGCCGGAUCUAAUGAUUUACAUUUGGUUACCACCGAUAUUGCCGCUACAGCCAGCGGUUUCAAAUCCAACGCGGCUGGAAGCUCUGAUGUAGGAUGGGAAAAUUUACUUUAUUAUCCGUUCGAAAAGUUACGUCAUGACAAAAAGGACGCUCAAGCUGAUCUAAAUGAGUAUCGGAAAAUCAUUGCGGAUAAUAGCGCGAUUAGCCAGGCAUUGCAAGAAUCCAUCAAGUCCUCGUCCAAAUACAUAAGCCCCAAUACUCUCAAAGCCCUCACUGAGAUUUUCUAUUCAAAAUCGCUUCAGAAUCAUAAGAGGCUGGCAGUCCUGGCUAUCUAUUAUCAUCUGCUCAAGGAUUGGCCUGAAUCGAUUGUCCCUACGGAGUUUACAGAGCUUUGGGAUUAUCUCCACCCAAUCGAGAUCCAACUCUUCAAGGAUAUACGAGCCACAUUUAGGAAAGCGUAG